AUGCCAGAAUCGUUUUUAUCCUCACUGAACGAGGCAGACCUGACAGCGUUUGGAUUAGACACAUUGGAAGAUGAUUAUCAAAAAUACAUCCUAAAUCGCCGAUUGUGCACCGCAGACGUUGCAACGUGGAAAGAACUGGUGGGCUCGUUGGUUGCUCUGGGGUUUUCACCGACUGAUGUGGAACAAUUAAAGCUGUUGUUAGUCUCCAUAAUUCUUCUGAACUCCGUUCGAUUUUUGCCAGCAAGUCCAGCCCGGUCAGAUGUGCCCGUGAAUAAUCGUAUUCGGAUGCUAGCCUAUACUAACACAGAUUCACCAUCUACGAAGGAGAACACCCCGGCAGUGGAUAUGAAUGGUGCUACUGCCAUGAUACACCCGGAGGAUUUAGAGAAGGGUAAGUCUCAAUUUCUCGGAUGGGGUUGUAUUCAAAUUUUUAAACCCACUGAACCCAUUUUGCUGGAGGGCAUUAUGAGAAAAUUAUCUCUGUAG